AUGGAUCUGAACGACUUGAAGAACACCGUUUCGAACCUGACCUUGUAUGACCUCAAGGCCGGGUUCCGGAAAGCUCAGAAUGCGGUCAUGAACUACACCGAUAUGGAGGCCAAGGUACGAGAGGCCACAAACAACGAGCCUUGGGGUGCCUCGACGACGACGAUGCAGGAGAUCGCGAACGGUACCUUCAACUAUCAAACUCUCAAUGAGGUCAUGCCCAUGAUCUAUCGGCGAUUCACGGAAAAGUCGGCCGAGGAAUGGCGUCAAAUCUACAAGGCCUUGCAGCUGCUCGAGUUCCUCAUCAAGCACGGCUCCGAGCGUGUGAUUGACGAUGCCAGGGGGCACAUAACGCUGUUGAAGAUGUUGCGUCAGUUUCACUUCAUCGACCAGAACGGCAAGGACCAGGGCAUCAACGUGCGGAACCGAGCCAAGGAGCUGGCCGACCUGCUGGGUGACGUCGACCGCAUCCGGACCGAGCGCAAGAAGGCGCGGGCCACGAAGAAUAAAUACACAGGUGUCGAGGGCGGGGCUACCUUGGGCGGUGGCUACUCCGGCGGCAGCCGGUACGGCGGGUUCGGCAACGAGUCGUCCGGCUACGGCGGCGGCGGUGGUGGUGGUGAUGGCGGUGGUGGUAGCGGCACAACCUUUGGCGCCUACUCUGGGGGCGUGUACGGCGACGGCGGCGGUUUCGGCGGCCAAGACAACGGUUUCCAGGAUUCCGGGACGAGGUCGGAUCGGUUUGAAGCGUACGACGAGUUCGACGAGGACGAGAGACCUGCCGCCUCAUCAAGGCCUGCCCGGAAGACGGAGCGGGCGGCCGUUUCGAAGCCGGCGGCAGAGCCAGUCAAGAAGAAGGAGCCCGAGGUCGACUUGUUCUCCUUCGACGAGCCGACAGCGGCCCCCUCCACCAGCGGCCUCGCCGACUUUGCCAGCUCCGGCAACGCCGCCGCCGAAGACGACGACGACGAGUUUGAUGACUUUCAAUCAGCCACACCGGCGGCCUCGACCGGCUUCGCACAGCCGAUCUCGGCCCCGCUGGCGUCGAUAAGAAGCCCCGCGGCUCAGUUCGCGGCGCCGCAGCCUCUGUCGGCGCCCCAGCAGGCAGGCCUCAGCCAGAUGGUCAGCACAUCGUCCAUCUCGCCGGCGCCUGCCGCCGGAGGCAGCUACUCGGCCUUUACCUCGCCUCCCCAGCAGGCGCAGGCCAAGGCGGCGACCGGUUUCCAGAGCUCGGGCCCGAACUACUUUGGCACGGUCCAGACGCAAGCGCCGCCGGCGACGUCGUCGAGGGCGAGCAUGUCGGCCAUGUCCCCGACGGCGAGCGGACCGACGACGAUGGCCAACACGAUGCCCGUGCCGAGCUCGGCUGCGAAGCCGGCAGCGGGUGCGGGAGGCGGCGACGCCUUCGGUGCUCUGUGGGGCAAGGCCAGCGGGGGCAUCAAGAAGACGACGACGAUGGGUGCCGGGCCGGCCAUGGGCCAGCUGGCGAAGGAGAAGAGCAGCGCGGGCAUCUGGGGUGCGCCGGCCGCCUCCUCGUCCAAGCCUGCCGCUCCUGGUGGCGGGUCCGCAUCCGACGACCUGCUCGGCUGA